AUGCCCAGAGGCCUCAUUGGUCCCAUAAGUAGUAUCUUGGUGAAUAAAUACGGCAGCCGUCCAGUGGUGAUAGUGGGCGGUUUACUAUGCUGUUUGGGAAUGGUCACUGCCUCUUUUAGUACCAGUGUUAUAGAGCUUUAUGUCACCGUGGGAUUCAUUGGAGGUUUAGGAUUAGCCUUCAAUCUGCAACCCGCCUUAACGAUAAUUGGCAAAUACUUCUUAAAGAAGCGACCUGUGGCAAAUGGAUUAGCCAUGGCAGGAAGUCCUGUGUUCUUAAGUACAUUGGCUCCUUUCAAUCAGUUUCUUUUUAAUAAUUACGGCUGGAAAGGAAGUUUCUUGAUUUUGGGAGGCAUAUUUUUGAAUGCCUGUGUGGCUGGGUCUCUCAUGCGACCUAUUGGACCCAGACAAACUAAACCUAAAAAUAAGAUUGUCAUAAGAGGGGAAGAAUCGGGUCUGAAGAAAAGCCACAAGAAAAAAUCAAGUGUGGAAAAACUUAAUAAGUAUUUAGAUUUCACCCUCUUUAAGCACAGGGGCUUUCUUAUAUAUCUAUCUGGAAAUGUGAUCAUGUUUCUGGGUUUUUUUGCCCCAGUUAUAUUCUUGGCUCCUUAUGCUAAGGACCAGGGGAUCGAUGAGUAUUCCGCCGCCUUUUUGCUAUCUGUUAUGGCUUUCGUUGAUAUGUUUGCCAGGCCUUCUGUAGGACUGAUUGCAAACCACAAGCUCAUCCGGCCCCGAAUCCAGUACUUCUUCAGUUUUGCAGUUAUGUUCACGGGAAUCUGUCAUCUCCUGUGCCCGCUGGCAGAAGAUUACACAAGCCUGGUGAUAUAUGCCAUAUUCUUUGGCUUGGGAUUUGGAAGCGUAAGCGCUGUCCUCUUUGAAACCCUCAUGGACCUUGUGGGGGCUGCAAGGUUUUCCAGUGCUGUGGGACUUACUACCAUUGUGGAAUGCUGCCCCGUUCUUCUUGGCCCUCCUCUUGCUGGUAAAUUGGUGGAUGAAACCGGAGAGUACGCAUACAUGUAUAUUGCCUGUGGGAUGAUCGUGGUCCUCGCGAGCCUGUGGUUGCUCAUUGGCAAUGCGAUAAAUUACAGAUUGCUCGCCAAGGAAAAGAAAUUGGAAGAAGCAAGGAAAAAGAAAAUGCAGGAAGACUCCAGAUCCUAUGAACCUUUGAACACCUCGAAGUCUCCUUCUGUUAGCAUCAAAAGCUCAAAAGGAAGGAAAUUUCCCUCAGAAAGAGAAACUAACAUUUAACAAGAAGUACAUUUCUAAUUUCAGUGUUUAUUGCUUUGCUUAGGGGGAUAUAUUUUCCAAAAUAUUUGUAAGGUUGUUUUUUAGUAGGAAGUUAAAAUUAAGGAAAGAGAUGAUAUUUUCUUCAAUACCAAUUUUAAAUGUUUAUUGUUAAAGGCUUACAUUUUGAGAGUAUGCAUAUAAAAAAAGUCAUGGAUUGAGCUGACCUCCAAAUAUUGAAGUCUUCCACUGACGGGUAGUCUUGAUCAUAUAGAGAGAGCUCCGAAUCUUAAAGCACCGGUUUAAGUAGUUAGUUAUUUAGGAAGAAUAUGUUUGAUUCCAUAACAUGUGAUCUUCUCCACAUUUCAUGUGUGAUUUGGUAUUAAAAUGUAUGGUCACAUUGAAGGGAAACACAGAGUUCCCCUACACACACACACACAUACACACACACACACACACACACACACACACGCUUAAAAGUGUAUUUUCACAGUAUUUAAAAGAAAUCCCUGGGGACAAAAAUGUCAACUGCAGAUUAUUUUACAAUGAGAGUUUUAAGGAUAAGAACCUCAUUAAAAGUGAGAUUGGUCUUCAUUAGAAAAAUGCAGCUGACUAACGUAAAUAAAAAUCAUUUGCAUAUAUAAAAUGAGAUAAAGAAAAGAGGAAGAAAAUAAAACUCAAUUUUAAACCACUAUACAUGAGUAUUAUUGGAUUCUUAUUAAUUAUUAACUAUUAUUACCUGCUGAUUCGUCCAUGAACAUGGUUUUCCUGCCCUGAUGCAGGGGUAGCCAUUAUUAGUGCCUGAGCUGACAAAUGAUUCAUGAAUCUUAUUUAAUAUACAAAUGAUACUAAAAGUCCAAAUGCUUUCUAGCUGAAAACUCUUCAUUAACUUAAAAACAAAUUUAUAGUUCAAAGAGAAUUUAAAAAGGGAACUUCUUUUUACCAGACUUGGAGAUUCGCGAUCCUACUGAACCGCCAAAAUAAAUCAAACUGGAACCCUGGCGUACAUGUAUACAAACGGGUUGAAUUCCUACUUUCCCAGGACAUUGAGGUGGUCGGAGCAUUGCUGUUAUGAGCAAUCAUCUGAGUAACGUUGAUUCACAGUGGGAGGGAGCUUUAAUGAUCGCUGCCAACUCUUAGCUCCUUCUCCUCAGCAGAAUGCGGAAAACAAAACCCGGAGACCUGUUACAGCCUUUUGUGCUCAGCCACAGAUCGUGCUUCAUAGAAAUAGCAGCACUUGGAACCCCUGCCCUCUGCUGGCUAAACUCUUUGCUGCCUAAGAGCACAAAGAAAUGAGUAAACUGCUGAAGGGUUUUUAGCCAAGUAGGGGGAUUUAAAAGUCUAUGGGGGAAAACUCCAUUAUCUUUCAGUUCCAUGACUUUUAUGAAGCCCCCUUGUAUGACUUGGAAAUGUAGAUAUAGUCUGUAACAUUAAUAGCAAGAAGCUUUCACUGCUGAAACCCAGAUUAGGUUAGCAGUUCCUCAUUUCAUCACUGUUUGAAAAUUUCUGGGACUCUAAAUCGAUCUUGAACACAGAAGCCUCUCUUAGGGCUGUGCUUUCGAUAUCGUUCAUUUUCAGUAAGAAAGUAUGUUUAGACAAGAGUGUGUGUCACUGUUAAACUUAUCAAUAUUUACAAUGACAACUCUGAAGUUUAACUGUUAUUAAUAAAAGGUAUUUAGUGACUAA